AUGGAGAAGAGCUCCAGCUGCGAGAGCCUCGGCUCCAGGCCGGCUGCAGCCCGCCAGCCCAGCGUGGACUCGCUCUCCAGUGCUUCCACCUCUCACUCGGACCAGUCAGUGCAUACAAAAUCUGCUUCGGUUGUGUCAUCGGAUUCUGUCUCCACCUCCACAGACAACUUUUCUCCAGAUUUGAGGGUCCUGAGGGAGUCUAAUAAAUUGGCUGAAAUGGAAGAACCUCCUUUGUUGCCAGGAGAAACCAUUAAAGACAUGGCCAAAGAUGUGACUUACAUCUGCCCGUUCACUGGAGCUGUAAGAGGAACCCUGACUGUUACAAACUACAGACUAUAUUUCAAAAGCAUGGAAAGGGACCCACCGUUUGUCCUAGAUGCUUCUUUAGGUGUGAUCAACAGAGUGGAGAAAAUUGGAGGUGCUUCCAGCCGUGGUGAGAAUUCUUAUGGACUGGAGAUUGUAUGCAAGGACAUUCGAAACUUACGGUUUGCUCAUAAACCUGAGGGACGAACUAGGCGAUCCAUAUUUGAGAACUUAAUGAAAUACGCUUUUCCAGUAUCCAAUAAUUUGCCCCUUUUUGCAUUUGAAUACAGAGAGGUUUUCCCUGAAAAUGGCUGGAAGGUGUAUGAUCCUAUUUUGGAAUACAGAAGACAGGGAAUUCCCAAUGAAAGCUGGAGAAUAACCAAGAUAAACGAGCGCUACGAGCUGUGUGAUACAUAUCCUGCCAUUCUAGUCGUGCCCGUGAAUAUUCCAGAUGAAGAAUUAAAGAGAGUGGCAUCUUUCAGAUCAAGGGGUCGCAUACCAGUUUUGUCAUGGAUUCAUCCCGAAAGCCAAGCUACGAUCACGCGCUGUAGCCAGCCGAUGGUUGGAGUGAGUGGAAAGCGAAGCAAAGAGGAUGAAAAGUAUCUUCAGUCCAUCAUGGAUUCCAAUGCUCAGUCCCAUAAAAUCUUCAUCUUUGACGCGAGGCCUAGCGUUAAUGCUGUAGCCAAUAAGGCUAAAGGAGGGGGUUAUGAAAGUGAGGAUGCCUAUCAGAAUGCAGAAUUAGUUUUCUUGGACAUUCACAAUAUUCAUGUUAUGAGAGAAUCAUUGAGAAAACUGAAGGAGAUUGUAUAUCCUAACAUUGAGGAGACUCAUUGGCUGUCCAAUUUGGAAUCAACUCAUUGGCUGGAACAUAUCAAGCUAAUUCUUGCCGGCGCUCUUCGGAUUGCUGAUAAGGUGGAGUCGGGGAAAACCUCCGUGGUUGUGCACUGCAGCGAUGGCUGGGACCGAACAGCUCAGCUCACUUCUCUGUCCAUGCUCAUUCUUGAUGGCUACUAUCGAACAAUAAGGGGGUUCGAGGUGCUUGUGGAGAAGGAAUGGCUGAGCUUUGGGCACAGAUUUCAGCUGAGAGUUGGCCAUGGAGAUAAAAAUCAUGCAGAUGCAGACAGAUCUCCCGUUUUUCUCCAGUUCAUUGAUUGUGUCUGGCAAAUGACAAGACAGUUUCCUACAGCAUUUGAAUUCAAUGACUGUUUCCUGAUGAUCAUUCUGGACCACCUGUACAGCUGUUUGUUUGGGACGUUCCUGUGUAGCAGUGAGCAGCAGAGGGUGAAGGAGGGCCUUCCAAAAAAGACUGUGUCACUGUGGUCUUACAUCAAUAGCCAACUUGAAGACUUCACUAAUCCCUUGUAUGUGUGUUACGCCAACCAUGUCUUGUAUCCUGUGGCCAGCAUGCGCCACCUAGAGCUUUGGGUGGGAUAUUACAUCAGAUGGAAUCCAAGGAUGAAACCACAGGAACCUGUCCACAGUCGAUACAAGGAACUUCUUGCCAAACGGGCUGAGUUGCAGAAGAAAGUGGAGGAGCUCCAGAGAGAGAUUACCAACCGAUCGACCUCAUCCUCGGAGAGAGCUGGCUCUCCUGCACAGUGUGUCACUCCUGUACAGACAGUUGUAUAA